UCCGCCGGCGGCCGGGUGCUGCCAUGUGACCGGCUUCAAGGUGGAGAACUGGAAGCAGAACCUGCGGGCGAUUUACCAGUGCUUCGUGUGGAGCGGCUCGGCCGAGACCAGGAAGCGCAAGGCAAAGUCGUGCAUUUGUCAUAUGUGUGGUGCCCACCUGAACAGACUCCAUUCUUGCCUCUACUGUGUCUUCUUUGGCUGUUUUACAAAGAAACAUAUUCACGAGCACGCAAAGACAAAACGACACAAUUUAGCCAUAGACCUUUUGUAUGGGGGUAUAUACUGCUUUAUGUGUCAAGAUUACAUAUACGACAAAGACAUGGAACAAAUUGCCAAAGAAGAACAACGAAAAGCUUGGAAAUUACAAGCCUUCACCCCAACAGUGGUUUCUCACUACCAGUGUACAAUGACAGGCAUUGGAGAGAAGUAUUCAACAUGGGAGCCAACCAAACGAGAGUUAGAAUUGUUACGACACAACCCCAAGCGGAGAAAAAUAACCACAAACUGCACCAUAGGUCUACGAGGGCUAAUCAAUCUUGGGAACACAUGUUUUAUGAACUGUAUUGUCCAGGCACUUACCCACACUCCACUGCUGCGAGAUUUCUUCCUCUCCGACAGGCACAAAUGUGAAAUGCAAAGCCCCAGCUCAUGUCUGGUCUGUGAAAUGUCUACGCUUUUUCAGGAGUUUUACUCUGGGCACCGAUCUCCUCACAUUCCAUAUAGGUUAUUGCACCUGGUAUGGACUCAUGCACGGCAUUUAGCAGGGUACGAGCAACAAGAUGCACACGAGUUCCUCAUUGCUGCAUUAGAUGUGCUACACAGACACUGCAAAGGUGAUGAUAAUGGGAAGAAGGCCAACAACCCCAACCACUGUAACUGCAUCAUAGACCAAAUCUUCACAGGUGGACUGCAGUCUGAUGUUACCUGUCAAGUCUGCCAUGGUGUUUCCACAACGAUAGACCCAUUUUGGGACAUCAGUUUGGAUUUGCCAGGCUCCUCCACCCCGUUCUGGCCACUGAGUCCGGGGAGUGAUGGCAGUGUCGUUAAUGGGGAAAGCCAUGUAUCGGGCACCACCACUCUCACAGACUGCUUGCGAAGGUUUACAAGGCCAGAACAUCUAGGAAGCAGUGCCAAAAUCAAAUGUAGUGGUUGCCAUAGCUACCAGGAAUCUACCAAACAACUCACUAUGAAGAAGUUACCCAUUGUGGCCUGUUUUCAUCUCAAACGGUUUGAACACUCAGCCAAACUGAGGCGAAAGAUCACUACGUAUGUCUCAUUUCCGCUGGAGCUGGACAUGACACCAUUCAUGGCUUCCAGUAAAGAGAGCAGAAUGAACGGGCAAUACCAGCAGCCGACGGAUAGUCUAAACAAUGAUAAUAAGUAUUCCUUGUUUGCAGUAGUUAAUCACCAGGGAACCUUGGAGAGUGGGCACUAUACCAGCUUCAUCCGGCAGCACAAGGACCAGUGGUUCAAGUGUGAUGAUGCCAUUAUCACCAAGGCUAGCAUUAAGGAUGUGCUAGACAGUGAAGGGUAUUUGCUGUUCUAUCACAAACAGUUCCUGGAAUAUGAAUAGCCUUAUCCAGCAGCUUGUCAGAUAUAAACAAGGAAGAAAAUAAGCAAGCCUUCUGAAUCGACACACAAACCUACCUGAAAUGAAAAGACCCAUUAAAAAACAACUAGCACUGAGCUGUAACAGGACCUACUUGACACUGACUCAAAGCCUGGCGGAGUAAGAAAUGAACAAUGUCCAACGUGUAUGCAGUCCCGCAAGGACAGAAAGGGGGAAAAAAAGAGGCUACAGUCAGUCACUUAACAGAGGAAAUAUAAAACGAAAGGAAUGCUCUGGGUGGGGGAAAUGGGAGCAGAGGAGUCCGGGCACUGGUACAUCUCCUAUGUUCCUCCAAAAUGUGUGUGGGAAGGCAAGGGGUUAUACCCUCAUCUCCAUAAAGCAUCUUCUCCAUUUGGUGCUUCAGCUCCAACGACCAAUCAUAUAACAGUUAAAAUUAAAAAUCCAAGCCCAUUUUUUAUGCAUAUGGGUCUGAAAGCAGUAGAGUGGAGGAGGAGGGGAUGACACAACUAAAGGACUUUGCAAGUAUCUUUUUAUUUGUGAAUUUUAGUUAUUAAAUAAAUACAGUAUGAAACUAUUAGGCUCUUUUUUUUCAACAACCAUAAAAGAAAUCCUGGAUUGUGGAACUGAAGCUACAGUACUAAGACAGGUUUUCAAGCAUGCCUGCUUGCACAGGUAAUGUUUAAUGCCAUCGGACUGCUCAUCAAAAGCAUCAGCACAGAUUCUUUUCUG